AUGGUAAUAAACACGUCCAAAUGUGUAUUAGGAGCCUCCACUGUAAACUUCUUAGGCUACACCGUUUCACCCGAUGGCGUCAAACCCUUGACCUCAAAAGUACAAGGCAUCAAAGAUUUUCCAGUGCCAAAGAACGUGAAAGAAUUGAGAAGAUUCCUGGAAAUGUUAAAUUUCUAUCGCAGAUUUGUCCCAGGAGCAGCAGAAACGCUAAAAGCGGUCUAUGAAAAUAUAAAAUAUUUUCGGCAUAUGCUCGAGGCGAAACACUUCACCAUAUUUACUGAUCAUAAGCCAAUAUGCUACGCAUUUCAACGUCGAAAAGAAAAAUGUUCACCACGGCAAUUUCGCUAUUUAGAUUACAUAUCCCAAUUUACAACGGACAUACAACAUAUUUCUGGGAAAGAAAAUGUCGCAGCUGACACUCUUUCACGAAUAGAGGAAUUAUCUAAGCCCGUCGACUUAAGCACACUCGCAAAAGCGCAGUCAGAAGAUCCUGAGUUAAAAAAAAAUUAUAAAUGGUGA